AUGGUGGCUAAGCACCUAAGAGAGGGCCACAACCUGGAAAAUCAUAAAGAAAGGGCCAUUUUAAACCACCUGGCCACCGGCCGAACGCCAGUGCCCCCAGGACCCUGCCCCCUCCCACUGUGUGCCCCUUACCUUCUCAACCUGGAGAAACAUUUGAAGGGCCACAAGGAGUGUACUGCGGCACGGCCGAAACUGGAGAUAAGGGCCCUUAAAAGGAGUGCCGCCAUUGCCCUCCUUGCAGAGUUGAGGGCCACCAAUCCAGAUCCGCCGAUGGUGAGCGCCCUGGAUCUGGCAGAUGAGUUGGAGGACCCGGAGGAGGGGACAUCUCUCUGCCAGAACAGGGCAUGUGUUCACGCUCGCCAGAGGGUCCGAGAAUUCGAUCGGGAGGUUCUGCAACACCGCAAGAUCACUGGUGACCUCAACAAGCAGUUGCAGGGACAGCCCGGGCCCCAGCCCCCUCCGCUCCAGGUCGAGAGCUCUGAUGACGACCAGCAACCCGCGCCACAGCAGUGGCAACAGCAGGAGCCAGAUGGCUCAUCCUCGUCUGGCUCUCUCACCUCUUCCUCAUCUUCUUCCGAAGAGGAGAACCACCAGCAAGAGCCCCAGAGUGAGGUCCACCUGAUUGUGUCCUUGGAUGAGGAGCAGCCGCCGCAACAGCAGCAGCCCGAGCAACAGCAGCAGCCGCCGCCGCCGUCGCAACAGCAGCAGCCCGAGCAGCAGCAGCAGCAGCCCGAGCAGACGGAGCAACCGCAGCAGACGAGAGGGUCAGCUGCGGCCAAAAGGAAGCUGCCUUUCAGCAUGGCCUCCCCCUCUGAGGUGAGAAGGUAAUUGAUUAGUGUAAUACAGUGCCAUAAUCAUUUUGCCCAAGGCCAAAGUAUGUAACUUAAACAUGUCUUCUUAUUGUUUUUCUCUCUACCCAGGCAACCACGAGCGAGAACAAGGCUGCCAGGGAGAUAAAGAGUAAGAAGCGGCUGUCAGUUCAGCCACCUCAGAAGAAGAGGUCAGUGUCUUUGUUAUGCCCCACCCUUAGGCCUCCUGUGCCAGCAGCCUCUCUCCUCUGCUGCUGGCACAGGAGCUUUUAAGCACCUCCUCCAUGCCAUACCAAAAAGUGGACUGCAACAACCACAGAACAAAAUGGUCACAAUGUAGUCAACCACUACACAAAUGUUGCCAACUUACACCUAAGCAGCAACCCACAAGUGACCCACCAAAUGUGGAGUACAGUGACCACCACCCUAACAGUCAUAAACCACAAGUUACUGCACACAAGUAUUUAUCACAGCUACACAAAACCGUGACCAAACAAACUACUCAUCUCAAGCAAAACAAAAUCACAAUCAAGUUGCUCUGUAAAGUGCCAAAAACUGGGAAACAAGUU